UGUUGGCACAGUUAUCGAUAGGCGAACGGUGCUGCGUGUACACAAUCAAACACAUGUUUGCAACAACAAAAAUAAUAGAAACAAGCCGAGGCAGCAAAAACAACAACAACAAGAACGGCGCACAGCACAUAUGCUCGCUCCGUGGAUGUAGAAAAUAUAGAAACACAUUUCCAAAUUGCGAAGCGAAUUGCUGUGAUCUACUGGAAACCGCACUUGGGGAGGAGAGGCAGCGGAGAGCAGAGGAGCGCCCGAGUAACCGCCUCCGUCGCGUAAUAAUAGUUGGGGCAGCAGCCCAUCAUCGGCCUGGACGUUCCGGUUCGGGUUGAGAUCUCGCGUGCCCGACGCCGCCGCCGCCCGGCAAUAACAAUAACAAAUUCGCUUUUAAUUGAAAUUUAUUUGUUGUGAUGCGGCUGCCACUGGGGGCAGCCCGUAGAGUGUAGUCGUAGACCGUAAACCAUAGUCCGUGGUCCGUAGCCAGUAGCCAGUCGCCAGUUGUCAACCUUCAUUGCCGCCACGCCCCCCAAAUCUUAAUUAACCGGAGGAGCAACGCGACGCUAAAGAAUUGAGCAUGUUAAUAUGUUAAUUGGAAGCAAUCAAUGUGCCUGAAGCCCUCGCUCGAAUCGAACGCGAACGGAAGCGAUCCCGUGGAGUCCGCAUCGGAAGAGCGGUUAGUCUAGCGAUGGAAGCCAUGGAGGAGGAACGCAACGAGAAGAAGGUGCUCUGCGAGAAGAUCAUUCGGGACAUCAAUGCGGUGUUCCUCAAGGAUCAGGAUCUCGCCUCCUUCGAGAUCAUUCCCAAGGAGACCAAUUGCAACAAGUCUCCGGUGGUGCAUGUGGAGCACAAUCUGGGUCUGGAGUCGUGGUGUGCCCAACAUGUCUACGAUCAUGCCCAUCGAACUCUUAUCUCACACCGGCGUCAGUCGUCGCAGCAGCAGCUACGAACCCUUCAGCAGCAGCAGCAGAGCGAUGUUCUGGCCAAGUACCUGAAUGUGGCGCUGCUAAUAAAUCCCGAUGUAACCACCUUCUGGCACAUCCGCCGCCAGCUGGUGCAAAAGAAUCGGCUGAGCAUCAACAAGGAGCUGCAGUUUUCUGCCCUGGUGCUCUCCAUCAAGCCAAAGUCCAACGAGGCGUUCGCAUAUCGGCGUUGGCUCUACUCCUUUCAAAGUGCCGAUGCCAUCGACUGGCCUAAUGAGAUUGGCAUUUGCGAGCGGGCGGCCGACCGCUGUGCCAGCAACUACCACGCCUGGUCGCACCGCCAGUGGAUCCUGCAGAGCGGCCCGUGUCUGCUGCAAUCGGAGUUGCUGCGGACGGAGAAGUUUAUGCGGAAGCACAUCAGCGACUACAGCUGCUACCAUUAUCGCCAGGUUCUCCUUGGUCGCGCCUACGAGCUCUGCUUCGCCCUGCCCACCGACCCUGGGCCCAAUUGCCCGUCCCCGUUGGCUAGUCUGCAGCAGCUGCUGGCCAACUAUGGCCUGAAGGGGGCAGACAAGGCGGAGGACAUGCUGGAGCUGCUGCUGCCCAAAAUGGAUCGCAAUGCGGUAAGCAGCCAGAGGCUACGCUCCUUUCUCUAUUGUUGCAAUGUGGCCGCCAGCGAUAUGCGCCUGUGCGCGGAGCAGCAAGCCAUGUACGGGCCCCGGGAUUGCUUCGAGCUGCAUCGCCGGGCUGCGCUCAAAUUCAUUGUGGAGCAGUGCGUUCGCCUCGAGGCAGGCAUGGGAGCGGCCCAUUCAGUGACGGCGGAUGACUUGCAAGCACAUUUGAGGCAGCUGGACUUUGAGUCGCAUCCCUUUCUGGCCGCCGUGCGACGGGAGGAGUCGGCGCUGGGCGCCAAGCACCGACGCUGGUGUAACCUUCAUCUGAGCUUCGGCUAUCCGGCGGAUUAGUCAUCGGUCGGCGGGACCUGAAACAUUGUGAAAAGCUCAAAGCUGCGGAUCAAGUAGUUUCUCGCGGCGCGGAGGAACUCAAAUCAAUCUACCCCAUAGGAUUACGUACUCUCUCUUCGUCUGGUCCCGUUCCCGUCCUGGAUUCGUCUUCAAUUGGAACCAGAUCGAUGCGGCUAUUGAAGCUCAUACAAAAUGCAUCCUAAGGAAAAUCUUGUCGAAGGAAAAAAGGAGGAAGCUAUUGUAAUGGAUCGAGAAACGGGAAACGGGAUCAGGACUCUAUAUAUACUCUCUCUAUAUAUAUUUAUGUAUAUGUAUAUGUAUAUGUAUUUACGCCCCCAAAGACAAAUGUUCAACCACUAGCCCGAUAUGAGACGGACUCCAUGGGGUCCGGAUCCCACCAAUUGCAUUUCGAUAUCUAUGUUAGUGUUAAACUGUUCGACUCUGUUCUCGAUCUGAUAUAUCUGGCACGACUUGUUAUCUCUAUCCCCGUGGCCAGAUGUACGAUUUAAUCAAUUAUCGCCAUGCCAUGCACGUGUUUGUUGUUAGCUAAUUUGCAGUUAGUUUUAAAUAAAUCCAACCAACAGACGACAGGAGGUGGUCGCUCAAUGGGUGGUGGGAGGCUCGGCAUUAGGGUCAGGAGGCCAUGCACGGUGAGAAAUUAGUGGCCUCGGAUAAGGCAUAUGAAUGUAAAUGGGUUUAAGUGAUACUUGAUUUCAUAACGGAAGAAACUAUAACUUUAAUAAUCUAGUGAUCCAUGAAUCGAACAAAAGUGGAACUGUCAAAGAGGUAUAGCCCUGCCCUGUAGCUUCUAGCUCAGUAUCAAUCGUGUCUAGCUAAGGAAAACACACAUACAGAACUACUCAGAAGUUUUUUGAUAUUAUUAAAUAUAAUUUUGUAAAAGUACGAUUUCUAAAUUCUUCGAAAGAUUCCUUCAAUCAUGGCAAAGAAUAAGAUACUUGGAUGGCUGGGCGCAAUCCAAGGCAUCAGAGAUAUCGCCGGUAUUGCGUUGUUUUCAUUCCG